GUGGCCUGUGGUCAGACUGACGACAGCAACACGCUGCUACAGGAAAACACUUUUCAUCCGUCUGCAGCUUCCGCAGCCCCGAGCACAUGAGCUGCUCCAACACACCGAAUGAAACGCACCCCGAGGACCUAAGGAGAGCCCCGCAGAGUCCUCAGGGAUCCAACACGUGGUCCGAGGACCUGUGAGCCCCCCCCCACUAACCAGAGAGAGGGGCGAUAGAGGAGCUCAACUUUAGUAAACUAUUUACGGUGAACGACAGCGAACAGGUGAAGCUCUCCCAGGAUGGGUCCUUCCUCCAACUCCAGCGCCGGAGGAGCCUUUGAUUGCAUCGUCAACGACCAGAUGGGACCGUUCACCGUCCUCUACAUCCUCAUCUUUAUCAUCGGUCUGCCUGGAAACCUGCUGUCUGUGUGGGCCUUCAUCCGCAGUCCCAGAGCCAAGCAGCAGAGCACCAGCGUCUACCUGGUCAACCUGCUGGUGGCCGACCUCCUGCUGCUGCUCGCUCUGCCCUUUAAGAUCCUGAAGGACCUCGGGGCGGCGCCCUGGAGCCUCAUGGUGUUCCACUGCCAGGCCAGCGCCGUCACCAUCUACAUCAGCCUCUACGCAUCCGUCGCCUUCCUCGCCUUCGUCAUUAUCGACCGCUACCUACAGGACUGCCACGGUCUGCACUAUCUGCAGCUGCUGGAGGUCGGCUUCGCCUGGCUGCUGUCGCUGGUCGUCUGGGUGCUGCUGCUGCUCAUCAUGGUGCCCAACAUGGCUCUGCCUAUAAAGGAAGUAAAGGAGCAGCCCUACCUCAGCUGUUCCUCUCUGAAGAAUGACCUCAGCCUCCACUGGCACACCCUGACCGUCUUCCUCUGCAUGGCGUUGUUCCUCAAUGCCUCCGCCGCCGUGCUCAUCUCCAGCGGUCUGACUCUCAAAAGACUCCUGGGCAGUCGCAACGACCCCAAACUCUGGGUGGACGCCAGGCAGGCGGCGGGGAGCGUGGCGGCCAUGGUGCUGGCGUACAUGCUCAGCUUCGUGCCCUACCACGUGGUGCGGACGCCGUACACGUUGGCACAGAAUAAAGUGAUCACAGACUGCGCAAUCAAGAGGCAGCUGUUUCUAGGGAAGGAGUCGACGCUGAUGCUGACCGUGCUGCACCUCUGCUUCGAUCCACUGCUCUUCUUCUACCUGAACGCUCCGUUCAGACAGACGGUCCACAGGUUGUUCCCCUGCGGCGGGAAUCAGAGCAACGGCAAUACAGCGGAGCGGGAAAUGAUGCAACCUACAACGCCUGUACGGCAGGAGGACGCCGUCUGAACCGGUUCAGAGACUGUUCGUAAUGCUGGGUCAUAUUUUCAACACCACCUCAAAUAGAGUGAAAAUCUUCAAAGGAACACUGUGGAGAAAGAACAUGUAGCCUAGCUUAGCACAAAGACUGCAAGCCUAAAAUAAAUCUUGUAACUGUGAAAGUUUCCACCAAUGUGAUUAAAACAGAAGGGUUCGAGAUAAUGAGUUAAAAUGUGGAGAAAGUCUCAUUAUUUUGACUUACAGGAUCUUUUUUUUUCAUCAUAUUGGCAGAAAUUAGUUUCAGUAUUUAGCAGCACAUUUAUAAAAAACACCUUUUCACACGAGAUGAGUUAAAGUUAAAUGUUAUUUUAUUCAUCGAAUCAGUGUCAUGAUUUCAGGACUCCUGAUUGAAUUGAACUUUUACUGUGUAUUCAUUAUUUAACUGUAUGUAUCAUCCUCCUUCUCAUAAUAAAUGUAUAUGUAUUGUACUUUAUUAACAGGUCUGUUAAUACAAUAUCUGAAUGUUUUCUGAUGCUGUUAAAUGUUUUUUAAUAUAAUUAAAAAUAGAUUAAAACCUGCUGUAUAUUUUGAACUGGGUGUCGUUCUGUGUUUGGACCAGCAGAUGGGAGCAGCGGUCAGUGUUAAUCCAGAGCUCUAUCAGUUCCCUUUAAUACAACAAAAGACUUUAUAAACUUUAUAACAAUGUAAAUCAGAUAGCUUUAUGAGGUUGGAGGCUUUUUAAACAAUGUGCAUGAAAGAAAAAGGAUCAUUUAAAAUAUAUUGAUAAUAAUAGAGUAAGACAAAAGAAAUAAGUGUGUUCUUUAUGUAGAAAGUUGCUGUUUUUGUCACAAAGAUAUUGUUAAUGAUGUAAUUAUCAUCAACUGCCUCACACUGUACAGAUUUAAUCAGAAACAAUCACAUGUAACAAUAUUUGCUUGGAAAAAAAAAACAUCA